AUGAACUGUUUGGACCUGAUGUGGGACGCUGUACUGGUCAACGGCCAUGUAGGAGGCGGAAGGAAGGUGGAUACAGGGCUCAACGUGGAACUGUCCCCCUCUCACAGAGCUGCGACUGGGACGGAGGAGGCCAUGCUUCAGGAGAGCUCUACAGAUGAGAAGAAGAUGGAGAGAGGGAGUGAGGUGAGGGUGCAGGACUCCACUGAACAGAAGCUGUAUAAGAUUGCCAACGAGCUUCUACUCACAGAGAGAGCCUAUGUUGCUCGCCUUCACCUACUAGACCAGGUGUUCUGUGCUCGGCUGACUGAGGAGGCCGGUAAAGGCUUGUUCCCUGUAGAUGUGGUGAGGACCAUCUUCUCCAACAUCUCCUCCAUCCACACCUUCCACUGCCAGUUCCUACUGCCAGACCUGGAGACGCACAUGGGCCAAUGGUCUGUGAGCCCUCGUCUGGGUGAUGUCAUGCAGCAGCAUGCUCCCUUCCUCAGGAUGUAUGCUGAGUACGUGAUGAGCUUCGAUCAAGCCAUGGAGCUGCUUAGAAUCUGGACGGAGAGGUCCGCACCAUUCAGAAACGUCAUACAGGAUAUACAGAGUCAGGAGGUGUGUGGUAGUCUGACCCUGCAGCACCACAUGUUGGAGCCGGUCCAGAGACUACCUCGUUAUGAGAUGCUGCUGAGAGACUACCUCAAGAGACUGCCUAAUGACGACUCGGACCACAGCCAUGCAGAGAAGUCUCUGCAGGACAUCUCCAUGGCAGCAACACACUCCAACAGCGCCAUCCGCCAAUCAGAGAACCUGAAGAAGAUGCUGGAGAUCUACGAGAUGUUGGGGGAGGAGGACGUGAUGAAUCCCUCCAAUGAGUUCAUCAGGGAGGGACACAUCCUGAUGCUGGCUGCCAGGAACUCCGCCAUGGAGAGACACCUCUUCCUGUUCAACAACAUGCUGCUGUGCUGCGCUCCUCGGUUCAGCCUGGCGGGGCAUCGGUUCACCGUGCGGGCACGGAUUGACGUGGAGGGCAUGACGGUGCAGCGCACCACCAACGAACACCACUACCACACCUUCCAGGUGUCUGGCAAGGAGAGGACCCUGGAGAGGACCCUGGACCUACAGGCCAGCUCUGAACAAGACAAAGAGGACUGGAUAAAGGCUUUCCAGGACACUAUUGAUGUUUUCCUGCAGAAGAAUGAGACUUUUGUGUCAGCUUCUAAAGAAGUAGAGGUAUCUAUGGAGGAGCUGGGUCGGCGUGCCCCUCGAUGGAUCAGGGACAAUGAGGUGACCAUGUGUAUGAAGUGUAGCGAACCCUUCAACGCCCUCACCCGAUGGAGACACCACUGCAGAGCCUGUGGCUGUGUGGUGUGUUGGAGGUGUUCAGACAACAAAGUAACUCUGGAGUACGAUGGCAACAAGGUGAACAAGGUGUGUCUAGACUGCCACGCCGCCCUGACCCUCCGGGCCAACAGAGAGGAGAGGGGAGAGGGCAUGGAGGGGGGGCAUUCUAGAGGUUCCACACCCCACCUCCCCAUUUCCAUCCCUACCCUUUCCCCAGGAUGUGAAGGCCUUGUCUAG